AUGGGUAAAAGAUAUUCUAAACUAGUUUUAGCCAUUGAAGUAGGAAAUUAUAAAUCUGGAUUUGCAUUCGGUGAAGGAGACAGAAAAAAUUCUAAAAUCUACACUGCUAUAGAUGAUACUAAUCGUCAAAUUGGCCGGAUUCCUACUGCUUUAUUAUUAAAAGAAGAUUUGUCUUUAGAUAACUUUGGAUUUUAUGCGGAAGAAAAAUAUAUAUCCCUUUCCCUAAAAAAUGAACAUUCGAACUACAGGUUCGUCAAUAAUAUAGACAUAUGUCAAAGUGAUGAUAAGUUAUGUAUAAAGGAUUGCAGAGGAAACGAACUGGAAGCUGUACAUAUAUAUUUGACAAUUAUUAACUAUUUGCUUCAAAUGUGCUUAAAGCAAACGAAACGCUAUGAAAAGUUUGAGAAUUUAGAAAAAUCUUUAAUAGUUACUCUACCAGAUUUUGUAAGUAAAGAACUAAAGGAUUCUCUUAAAAGACUGAUUAAAGACGUGAAAACUGUUCGCUUUGUCAGCACUUCAGAGGCAGCAGCAGCAUACUGUAUAAGUCAGCAACUUAUCCUUGACGGAGAAACAAAUACUAAAAAGAUGCAAAAUGGCACCAGUUUUAUUGUUGUCAAUUUUGGCAGGAGAUUAACAUCGGUUUGCUUACACAGAAUGAUAUCCGAUGACGAUUAUAAACUGUUGCAAGAGUUCAAAAUCGGAACUGGCGGUGAUUCUAUUACUGACAUUUUCUUUGAAGAUAUCAUAAAAAAAUAUGGAAUUGGCCAUUUUUGGAAUAUAUUAGGUGAUCACUUUUGUGGCUAUAUGGAUUUACGGCGAGGUUUUGAUAACGAGAAACACAAAUUUAACAAUUCAACUGAAUGUGUGCUUAUAGAAAUGCCAACCUCAAUCAUAAUGAAACAAAAUGACAAUCAUUCAGAUAAAUCUAUUGUUUUUAAAGAUAACAAAGUCAUCAUAUCACAGAAACUUAUGAAAGACUAUUUUCAAAGGUCAUUGUCCAGUUUGAUUUCUACAAUUCAAGAAAUAGUUAAGGGCAGAGAAAAUAUUAAAUGCGUUCUUCUUCUCGGUGGAUAUUCGAAAUCGCCUAUUGUGAGAGAAAUCAUUGAAGAAGUUGUGAGACCAAAACAAAGUAUUCUUGUAUAUGAACCGGACAAAGGAGUUCUUAACGGAGCCGUGAUGCUAGGAUUUCAAGGCAACAGAGAAGUGGAAGAAAUAUACGGAAUCAUUUGUCUCCGUAAACAAAUGAAAAGGUUUUCUUCUAUUAAAAUUGAAUAUGAAGGACACAAGGCAUACUUCUUACAGAUGGUUCGAAGUUCAGAGCUGAAAGAUAGGAAAUCAAUAACUUGUGAAUUAGAGUUUGAGGAAGACGAAAAGAACCAACCGAUCGUUCUUUAUCGAAUAGAUUCAGCCAAAAUAGCAACAAAACAACCGCUUACGGAAAAAGAUUUUGAAAAGGUUACUCCUGCAAUGCAACCAAGAAAUUGUAUUUUGAAUGACAAAGAGAAAGCAGAAAUUUCAAUGACAGAAAAUGGUGUUAUUUUUUCUUUAGAAAUGCAGAUACAACCAAAUGUAAAAGGUUCUGAAAAUAAAUUUAUAGGAUAA